CGGAAGUUAGUGAUACGGACGGAAGAAGAGAGGUAGUCACAUGUCUUUACAAAUGAAGAUAUUGCCAAAUCUGUCUGAUUUUAAUUGAAGAAUCAUGGAGGAAAUAGAAGUGACCAUACACAGUAAACUGCCAGAGGGAGAGCCACAGGGAACGUUUCACGUUACUUUGAGUGAAAAUUCUCAGGUUGGCCUGCUGAUUCGUAAAGUAUGUCAUGACUAUACCAUUCCAUUGAAGAGCUCCUACAUGCUUCAGAACAAAGAUGGAAAGAACUUAUUGUGGUCUACUUCAGUCAAGGAGAAUGUUCUGACCAGUGGCAAAGAGUUCUAUCUCUGGAAUACAGCAGAGGAAGUGAGGACUUCAGGACAAAAAUGUGAAUGCAACAUUUGGUGGUCUAUGGGUGUAAUGAGCAUUUUGAUAGGGGUAUUUGGUCUUGUUGCCAUCUCUAUCAUGUAUCAACAAAACGGGAAAACGGAGUAUGAGUUUGGUGUAGUGAUGGAUGCUGGAUCCAGUCACACAACUUUGUAUGUUUAUAAAUGGUCCAGUGAAAAAUACAAAGACACGGCUCAGGCAGUACAGAUAGAUUCCUGUAAAGUUUCAGGACCAUCUAUAUCGACCUACGUCAGUAAUCCCCAGGGCCUGGCCAAACCCUUGGAACAAUGUUUAGAUAAGGCUAAAAGUACAGUCCCUGCAGAUAAGCAUUCAGCCACACCCAUCUACCUUGGAGCCACUGCUGGGAUGAGACUUCUUUAUGCUGUUAACAGUAGCCAGAGUGAUGCCAUUUUAGCUGUUGUUCGGAGUUCUAUAAAAAAAUACCCUUUCAUGUUUACAAAUGCCACCCAGCAAUCUCGAAUCAUUUCCGGUGAGGAAGAAGGGCUGUACUCCUGGGUUACGAGUAAUUACAUCACUGGGUCAUUUGGUGUGAAAAAGCCAACAUUACAAGGAGCAGGUAACUCCUGGCAGAUGUCUGCCACUGGUGAUGGAACUGUUGGGGCUAUGGACCUAGGUGGCGCCUCAACACAAAUUACUUUUUACCCUGGUAAUGUUACCAUGCCCCCGGGGUAUGAACAGGAUCUGAUGCUGUAUGGAAUGAAUUACUCAGUGUACACUCACAGUUACCUGUGUUAUGGGGUUAACGAGAUAACUAGGAAAUAUCGUGCUCUUCUUAUCAAGAACCAGAACUACAGUGAGACAGUGACCAACCCUUGUGGUCCGCGGGGUAAAAACAUCAGUGUUUCCUAUAUGGAUGUUUUCGAGGCGCCAUGUACCAAAGACUCAAGGCCAUCAGGAAUCGACAGAAAUACAACAUAUGUGUUUGAGGGACAGAGUGACGAUUCCGUGUGUCAUCAGACAGUCCAGCAACUCUUCAACCACACCACCUGUACCCAGCCUCCGUGUACUUUUAAUGGUACCUACCAACCAAUGGUUUAUGGUAAAUAUUAUGCCUUCUCCAACUUUUACUAUGUGAUGGAAUUCUUGAACCUGACAUCACCGACGAUGUCACCAGAGACAAAAUUGUCAGACGUGAUAGAAGCUGUCAGUACUCUGUGUGAGAAACCUUGGAGUGAGGUCCAGUACAUGAAGACUGAGAUAAAGUCUCUCCUUCCAGAGUUCUGCUUCAGAGGACGAUAUAUUCUUACACUACUCUAUGAAGAAUACAAGUUUAAUGCUGUCGACGGGUCAUGGCAGAAAAUCAACUUUGUUAAAGACUUGGAUGGGACAGAGAUAGGCUGGAGCUUGGGGUAUAUGAUCUCACAGAGUAUCUACAUUGCUGCCGUUUCCCCGACUUGUGUUAUCAGUCUGGUAACCUUCAUCUUACUCCUCAUCCUCUUCUGCAUCUUUAUAUGUAUUUCUGUUGGCUUCGCUCUACAUGCCAUCAGAAGUUUGAAGCAAACGUUGAAAGGCAGAUACCAACAGUUACCUAAUGCUGGGAGUUCAAGCUAUGGGACUGUAUAGUAACAGAAAUAUAAGAAAUGUUUCAAAAAUUGCCAUUUUACUGUGAUUUAUCUUGAAGAAGGAAUUCAAGAUAUUUUCAUAUCAAUACAAUGAAGUAUUGGGAAGGGAUAUGGAGAAAACAGGUUGUUUGUUCAUCUGUGCAUCUCUCUGUUGGUGGAAUCUUGUCUGGAGUUUUUCUCAGAAUUUUAUGAAAGUCCUGUUGGACAGCACAUUCCAAACUUGUGAACCUGUACAUGUUUCCUUCAAUUGAGUAGUUUUGAAGAAAAAUAUUAAUAAACAUUAUGUACAGAAAAUACUGUAACAAAAUUCACGCACAAUUCACAAACUUUAUUUUAUUUUUGGUCAAUCUAUGUUGGGAGCACAAUUUCAUCCUAUUUGUUUUCUAUCUGAAAUGCUGGACCUGAGUUUUGGUUUAGUGUCUAAUAUUGAUGAAGAUAAUUUGUCUUAUCCAAAUAUCAGAGUUUUUUUAUAUGCUGUGUUGCUUUGAAAGUGUAACUAACAGACCACAAGGACCACCAGAUGACCACAAUAUUUCAUUAUCAGAUAAAUUUGUGAAUGCUAAGCUAUUACAGACCAGUACUCUGCAAGACUCCGAUAUCAGUAACCAGAGUCAUUUUCAUAUAAAUAAUUGCAAAGGAUUUGAAUUCACAAUUGACACGCCUCCCAAAUUAAUAGGAAAAUAAAUCCAACAGGAAAUUAAUGUGGUUUACAGUACACCUGACUCAUAAAUAGAGAGACUUCCAUCUCCUACAUAAUGUUGUUUACUCAAUUUUACUGUUUUUGCUCAUUAUGAGAUUUGAUAGUUGUUAAUUAUGUUUGUCUCAAUACAAGUUUGUUAUUAUGUAAUAUAUGCGAUAGACAUAUCUUUCUCCUUUGGUAGAAACCAAAAUUACAGUGUUGUGUUAAAUUUCUGUAUUCUGAGUAACUGUGGGAUACUGUUCACGCAUGAUAUUUGGUGACUUAUUCAUUUUUUCAUUCAUUUCAAAUCAAGAGAAUUAAUUUUUCAUAGAUGAUCUGCAGGAUUCAGUUUAGAAAUUCAGCUGAACAAAGCUAAUUAAACAGAUUUGGUAUAAUUUGUUUGUAUCUUAGAAACGUAAUUGGUUGUUAAUUGUGGUGAGGCCAAGAAUCUUAUAUGACAGCUAAUGCUGUUCCACUUGCAUCCACAUCCCACACUCAAAACUUUUUUUUCAAUACGUUUACCAAUAAAUUUCUAAAUUCAUAGAUAAACUUUCCAAACCCUUCCUAUUUGGUAUGUACAAUUGUUAGCUGUCUAAGAUUUUUUUCAUUUUUUCAUUGGUGUGCUUGGAAAACAUUGAUUGUACUUGUUUAUGGACUGAAAGUGAUGAAAAAUAUAUCGGUAAUGAGUGAAAUAUUGAUAUAAUGUAUUAAUGUAUCAUUGCAAUUGUCAGGUUGUGUUGGUAUGUAAGAUAUCAAUGAGUGUGUUUAUAUCUAAACCUUAUAGCCAUUUUUUAGAAGUGACAGAGAGAAAUCAGCAUCAUCAUCUACUGUUUGUUCAUGAAGACAAAGUCAGUUUUUACAAUUGUAUGUGUUCUUAAUUCAGUAGUAUUGUGAUAAUACUGUCUUUGAUACUUAAGUCCGUAUCCUGUUUCAGAUGCAGAUUUAGAAUUACUUUAUCCUGUGAUAGAGUAUAAGGUACAACAAAUACUACAAUUCUGUGCUGAACUGUUGGAUAUAUACUGUACUUAUAGAAUGAUCACCUCACCAGCCUAGUAUAGCAUGUACUAAAGUAAACACAGAUCUGUGAUGACCUUACAUGUACACCAAGGCUGUGAAAGGAUGUCGGGAAAACUAUAGUGCGUAUGAGAAGAGUAUAUUACUACCGAUUCAAAACCGAUUUUUUCCGUCUUUGUGCUAAUUAGUAUAACCUCCCGCAGACUGCUAAUAGGAAAGGGCAUUAAUUCAAAUUCUCAUAUCCAGUGCAUUUUAUUCAAGUAUUCAGGUUGCUAUAUUAAGGAACUAGAUAGUAAGUAAACAUUUUUUUAUGUUAAUUAUCAAUGCAUGCCUGACAGUGGUACUUGAGAUAUAUUUAAUAUUAAAGAUUUUACAUUGUUUUUAUUUUUUUUUUUUUUUUUUGUCCCCCUGCCCCACCAAAAUAUGUUUUUUAAUGGGUGUGAUUUUUUCAUACAUUCCAUAUUCCACAUAUCCAUAUGAUCUCUUAAAAAGGUCUCCUUGUCAUAGUUGUUGCAUGCCAGUUGAGAACUAAGUAUGUCCCUGUUUAUGUAUGCUUCAAUUGAUUGGGUAUACAUAAAGAUAUAGACAACACAGUAUUUUGUUAAUUUUGUGGACAACUUAUUUAACAAUGAAUAAGAACAUCAAUGUACUUUCAGGAGUUGUCUCUCUUCGUAAAGAAAAUGUGUGUGAGAGAUGUGACCAAGAAUCAUUUACUUACAUUCUAAUUGAGAAAUGAGGAUAAUCAAUGACAAAUAAAAUUGUUUUGAUAUGAGGUAUACUUAUAGUAUUUCAUGUGAUUUAUUUUGUAAUAAUUUUUGAAAGAAAUAAGCAAAUAAAAUUUGUGAUAAUUGAA